AUGUCAACUUCCAGCGGCAACGAUUACGAUUAUUAUUACUCCUCUUCUUCCUCCAGCUCUUCUGAUGAGGAUUCCAAAGCUUCUGUAGCCAAAUCGAAAGCUAAGACUACUCAUGAUGAGGGAGCGAAGUCUAGCGUACCCUUGAAUGAUCGUAGGGUCACUUAUGAUGAACUUAUGAAGAGGAAGGCUGAAGAUGAUGAAGCCGAGAAUCGUCAGCGCAGAAGGGAUCGAAUCCGGCGCCGAGUACAAGCGGCUGAGGAGAUACGUCAAUUCCUUGAUGAGGUACCCUCUGACUCUGAUGCUGAUGUUUCUGAAGAGGAUACUGUGUGGGUACUUACAGAGCGCAAGAUCAAGCCUGACCGAUACGAAAGAGAGUUUCGGAGGACCAUGAAGCAAAUUGAAGCCGAAGCUGAAGCAGAAGAAGACUCAGACUCAAAUGAUGAUCCUGAGGCUCGUCCAGACUUCAUCCCUGACGCUGAUUCCGACGAAGAGGAAGAUAUCGAUGACAAAUCUGAUGACUCGGAUGACGAGAAGGACGGUGAUGAUGAAUCUGACAAUUUGGAUGAGUCUGACGAAGCUAGGGCUUUCUUCCGAACAAUAAAUAUUUUAUUAAUGUUGAUUCCUUAUGAUCGAAUGAAACGUACCAAUGUCCAUGCGCCUGAAUCCAUCAUACUCUCUUUUGAUGAUUUCCGUCUUGAUAACCAGAAGAAUUCUUCAUCUCAUAACUCGAGGCCCAAGCGGACUGUUAGAGCUCCUGCCCGGUACAGGUCGUCUUAUGCUGAGGCUGGAUCAUCUACGGAUGUUCUUGUCGUCGUUGAUGCCAAAAGGAGAAGCAGUGGAAAGUCUGUGACCGUGGUUGAGGUUGAAGACAGCAGCACCCGAGUUGGUGAAGACUCUGCAGAAUCCGUAGAGAUUGAACACAAGGUUCACGCUCGUGAAUAUCCAACAGCUGGACUAUCGUUUGAAGCCCCUAUGAUCAAUAAUUUCCCGGAAAAUUAG